GCAAGGAGUCAAUUUAUUGUAGACACCUCCUACCAUCUUUGUGGGAGCCAAAAUCUUAGCCAUGGGCCGUCCUAGCCGUGUCCUGGCCAUCAUUUUUGUCCUCCAUUUCAUUCUAUCCAUCGCCAGUCCAUCCCUUUCUUGCGUUAUUCCUUGCGAGUCUGAGAUAAACUUGCGCUUAUACUUGCACCAAAUCGCUGCUGGAUCGGGCACCAACCAGGUAGCAAUUGUUCCCUCCAGCCAACCAGCUGGGUUCGGCACGACCGCUGUUAACGACUGGACUGUGAUUGAUGGACCAAACCCCGGUACUGCCACCAUUGUUGCCCGCACCAAAGGCAUGCAUGUGCAGGCUGAUGUAGGCGGUCCAGGCUGGUUCAACUACUUCAGCAUGGUGUUUGAGGACGCCAGGCGCCGUGGAUCGUCAUUUGAAGUAAUGGGGAUGAACAGAGCUCAAGAAGGCGAGAUGGCCAUUAUUGGUGGGACUGGAGAGUUUGCUAUGGCACGUGGGACCAUCAAGUAUAGAGCACUCGCCAACCCUCCUCCGGGUCAAAGUAUUAAAGAACUCAACAUUCAUGCAUUCUACGUCAAACCAGCUGGCACUAUAGCUGGCCCCACAAUCCAGUGAUAUGUUUCAAAAUUACGUGGACAACCACGAUGGGUAGCUGUGGAAGGAGCUUUGCAAUGAGCUUGUCAGUGUUUUUCUUUUCAAAUAAACCAUGGAUUUCUAGCUCGUGAUAUUUCAUCAAUACAAAGAUCCAUGUCCGACUGUUUGUUGUUGUUUUAAGAUGUAUGUGUUGGGAUCAUG